UGACUUAAUCCCUCCACUGCAGAGAGAGUCAUAUAAGAUAAAAUGAGUUUAUGACUGUGUUUUCAUGUCUCCAUCCAACUAUCUAGUCACAUAGUUGCAUGUAUUGGUAUAAUCUUAACGUUUCAAUGAAGACGAUCGAAGACAACAAAUCUAGAUCUAUAAUCGGGCUCUAGAAAAUUCGAACCUUAAAUUUUUCAUCCAGGAAACACUCUCUACAGUAAUAACCAUUCUUCUGUAAAGUUUAAAAAAAGAUAGUCACGAUUGAUGAAUCCAAAUCCUUAAUUAGUUUCUAACUAUUCAUAGCCUUGAUUUUUCUUUGAUAAAACUCAUUGUUUCUCUAAAAUACUGUGUGCCUACUGAGAAAUCAAAGAGAUGAGUGUCGCGAAACUAAUUACAGACUGAACUUGUUCGACUAUACUUGCGUUUCGUCAAACUUGAUAAAAAAAACCACUGCUUUGUUAAAAAUAGGUUUUUUCUGGAUGAAAAAAAAGUGAAACUAAACGGUAUUUGCCUCAACGUAUCACUUCUUCACUUGAUUUCAACUUAAUAAAGUAUUAGAUGGGAAAAUGUUAAACUUAAUAUUUAAUUGUAAGCUUUAUAUCAACAUUCAAUACAAAUAGUGCUCGUACCACAAUUCACAUGACCGUCCACUAAAUCUGUCUUAACCAUCGCCUCUUAUCACUUACUAGAUUCUUUUUUGAAAACUAUUCCUCAAGAACAAGUGAUAAUGUAAAGAGAAAUGUUUGUUUUGUUGCCAGAGGGUGUGGGUGGGUGUGUGUGAGUGUGAAAAGUAAAGAAACACAUUCACACCUGCAUCCACACCUACACUCUCAGCCACAGCCACACUCACACCCGCACCCACUCCACAUUCACAUCCAAAGAUUCUGUCUUUAUUUUAUUUAAUGUCUUCAGUAGAAACAACAAUGAUUUCUUUUCUUGCAUGUCCGUAUUCUAUGAGAUUCAUCAUUCUCAACGAGCAUAUAAAUACAGGAUGAUUAAAAAAGUGCUCACUGAGUCAUCUAAUGUAUGUUAGUGAUAUUGACGAACAAUAACACGUUUUUUUUAUUGUUGUUCUGUUCUUUUAGAAAGAAAUGUGUCUUGGAUAUUUAAUACUGCUUUAUCAUAGCAGAGAAAGAAAGAAAAAAAGUUUUUGCUUCAUCAUCAGCAUAUGCCUAUAUAAGAUUGUUUUUCUCUCGAGUUUUUGAAUGCGUUAAAUAUGAUUCUGUUCAUAUUUUUAUAUACCAUUGUCGGACUAAUUUUUUUCAUUUUCUUCUUUAUUUAUUGGAAAUUAAUUCGUCCACAAAAACGUUUCUAUGAUAUAUUUCGUAGUCAAGGUGUAUCAUGUGAACCGUUCGUACCAUUGGUUGGUCAAUUACCUGAUAUACGUCGUGCGUCUGAAAAAGAUGAUGCAUUGAAUUAUCGAAUGAAACUUGUUCGAAAACAUGGUUAUGCUUAUGUAAUAGGUUUCGGUCCAUCAAUACGUUUAGUUGUAAUGGAACCAGAUAUGCUUGCUGAUGUUUUUGGUCGAUCACAUGCACAAGAUUAUAGAAAGCCAAUUGGUACUGACAGAUUUUUUAAACCUUUAAUUGGUGUACAUAAUCUAUUAGUUAGCGAAGGAUCAGAACAUGAACGUGCACGAAAAAUGCUUAAUCCAGCUUUUCAUUUUGUUAAACUACAAUCAAUGAUUUCUAUAAUGGUGAAUCAGACUAAUAAGGCUAUUGAUGAAAUUCUUUUAUUAUCAACUGAACAUCAAAUCAUCGAUUUACAGACAGAAUUAAAUACAUUAACAUUAAGUAUUAUUGUAUCGUGUGCAUUUGGUAAAUGUUUUGAAACCAUGGCUAAUGCGAAACAAAUUGUAUGCCGAACAUUUACUGAGCUAUUGGAAGCGAUACAAUAUCGAACAGUGCGAAUGAUCGAUCAAAUACCUGUCAUUUCACAACUGCCAUUUUGGCGUAAAAAUAUUUUAGAUAAGGGUUCACGAGAAAUUUCGAAAUUUGUUGAUCAAAUUAUUGCUGAUCGUCGAUAUAAUCGAUCAACUAGCUUAUCUUCUGGCGAAGAUAUUCUUGAUCUACUUCUUUCAGCUGUCGAUACUCAAGGACAACCAUUUAAUGAUCAAGAAACUAAAGAUCAAGCAUUAACGUUUGUACUCGCUGGUCAUGAAACAACAGGUAAUUUAAUGACAUGGACUAUGUAUGUAUUAAUGACAAAUGAACAAGUAUUACAAGCUUGUCGAGAUGAAGUCGAUAGAGUACUACCUAAUGGUAUUGAACCUACUUAUGAGAAUAUAAAUGAACUAAUCGUAUGCGAAGCUGUUCUACAAGAAGCCCUUCGACUAUAUCCACCAGCACCUUUUAUUUCACGAAGAUGUAUUCGUGAACAUUAUAUAGGUAGUGAAGGUCAUCGUCAAAUACGUAUUCCUGUUGGAGCAGUAAUUAUCGUUAAUACUUAUAUCCUUCAUAGACGAGAAGAAUUUUGGUCUCGACCACUUGAAUUUGAUUAUACUCGUUGGAUUCGAGAUCCUGUAACAGGUCUUAAACCAAAAUUAGCUCAUCCAUUUAGUUAUUUACCAUUUGCGGCUGGAUCACGUAACUGUAUUGGGCAAAAUUUUGCUCUACUUGAAGCUAAAAUUAUGUUAGCUAUGCUUGUACAACGAUGUAAUUUUGAAUUAGAACCUGGUCAAAAAAUUGUACCUGAGGUUCGUAUUACAAUGCGAUCUAAGUAUGGGUUACGAGCAAGAAUUACUAAACGCUCUUGA